UCCAAGUUGAUACAAUCGUUUGAAACAAUGUUUCGUUUGGUAAUUGUUUGUGCUUUGAUAGUGGCAGUUUUAGGGGCCAGUGUUAAGAAUCUGACUAGACCACGACUUGACGGACGGAUUGUUGGUGGAAUAGCAGUUGAUAUUUCAGAGGUACCCCAUCAAGUAUCCCUUCAACGACAUAAUUCACAUAGUUGUGGUGGCUCAAUCAUCAGUUCUAAUUACAUCCUAACAGCUGCUCACUGCACAGAUCAAGCAAUUGUUAGUUCAUUGAGUGUGAGAGCCGGAUCCAGCUUCUAUUCCAGAGGGGGAGUAGUGGUUGGAGUGAAGAGAGUCAUUCAACAUCCACUUUUUAAUUAUAAUACCAUUGAUUAUGAUUUCGCGAUUUUGGAACUUAAAUCAUCUCUCAAAUUUAGCAAGAAUUGUAACUUUGUGAAAUUACCAAAACAGGAUGAGCAAGUUCCUGAUGGUACUAUGUUGAUGGUGUCUGGUUGGGGAGAUACUCAGAAUGCACAUGAAUCUCGAAAUCAGCUACGCGCAGCCAAAGUACCAAAAUACAAUGAUAAGGCAUGCAAUGAUGCCUACAAAGGUUUUGGUGGAAUCACUGAAAGGAUGAUGUGCGCCGGGGUAUUGGAAGGUGGAAAGGAUGCUUGUCAAGGAGAUUCCGGUGGACCUCUGACCUGGGAUGGAGUCGUAGUAGGUGUGGUAUCAUGGGGAUAUGGCUGUGCAAAACCGAGAUACCCAGGAGUUUAUUCCCGUGUAUCAGCAGUACGGGAUUGGAUAAAAGAAUCGGUUGAUGUUUAAUGCGCUUGACCGUAUAUAAUAUUUUUGGUUAAUAAAUUGGACGUUUUCUGCAUCAAA